GUUAAGCUAAAAGAUAAGGUUGUGGAGAAAUGACGCCAACCUCCACCGGGUAUAAGUUGGAGAAGUUGCCUCACCGACCGUGGCAUGGACUCUCGUUCUCUCUCUCUCUGAUCUCCCAGCCUGCUGCUCAGUCGACACAAUGGGCAUCAACUUCAUCCUCCUCGCAGGCCUGCUGGCUGUGACCUCUGCCUCCGCUCAGGUCAUCUACGCCGGGAACCAGGCCACUGUCGAGCAAGACUCGCGGGCAAGUCUCGAGGAACUUUGCGCCACUGGACGAGAUUGACAUCCUCUCCCCCUCGUUCAAGAAUGAUGACUCUGUUCCCGAGGGCUGGUCGAACGGCACCAGUGGCCCCACGCCGCAGUUUGUCCUGGAGAACUUCCUCCAGACACUGGCGUCGAGAAACGAGUGGAUGAGCUACCACGUUGCCCACUUCACUUCGGAGGAAGGGCGGUCGUUCCCCUAUGUCUACCUCUCCAACACCGACAGCGGCGACAUUCUCGAGAGCUACGCCAACGGCACGGACGACAAGCUCAAGAUCUACCUUCAAGGUGGCGUCCACGGCAACGAGCCAGCCGGGGACCAGUCUGUCCUCGCAAUCCUCGGCAAGAUGGACGCGAACCAGACCUGGGCGUCCUCGAUCCUCGACAAGGCCGACAUUCUGGUCCUGCCGCGCUAUAACCCGGACGGCGUGUCCUACUUUCAGCGAGAGCUGGCCACCUCGUUCGAUCCGAACCGCGACCACACCAAGAUGGCCCGCCAGCAGACGCGGGACAUCAAGAAGUUUGUCAUGGACUUUGCGCCUCACGUGGCCGUCGAUUUUCACGAGUACACAGCGUCGCGCGCCUACGGUGCAGACGAACAGUGGCUGCCCGCGCAGGACGGCCAGUUCUCCGCCAUGAAGAACCUCAACAUCCACAAGGACAUUCGCGCCCUGUCCGAGGACCUGUUCGCCAACAGCAUCGCCGCCGCCAUGGAGGCCCACGACCUGCGCUGGAGUCCCUACGUGACCGGCACCCUGGAGACGGACGACAUUGUCCUCGACGAGACGACCUCGGACGCCAAGAUGGGCGACACCUCGAUUGCCCUCAGCCAGGCGGUCAUGUUUCUGUACGAGACCCGCGGUAUCAGGCUGGCUGACCAGCACUUUCAGCGCCGCGUGGCGACGGGUGUGGUCAUGCUCGAGGCCCUCCUCCAGACGGCCGCGGACAACGCAGAGGACGUCUACCGCACGAUCGAGUCGGCGAGGGCGGAUUUCAUCGCCAACGAUUACGACAUUAUCAUCACCGACUACCCCGAGGAGACGCAGAUUGACUGGACGUACAUUAACGCGUCCAACGGGAGUCUGGUGGACGUACCCGUCACGUUCCUCAACACGACGCCCCUGCACGCGAACCUGACGCGCCCACGACCCGUGAGCGUGGGCGACGAGUACCCGGUGUACAGGAUCAUGGGGUAAUGAUAGCCCUUAGGGUAGGCAGUUAAAAAGGGGAAGAUGUAAAGUGUCCUAAAAGAGCUAGUCCGCCGGGACCCACCCUGGACAUCUCCGCUCCGUGCCCCGACCGGCCGAAUAGAUCAAAA